UGCUGGCUGCAGGGGGAGGAAGAGAUAUUCCUGGACACUGCCACUUGUGCCAUGGCAUUUCGGAUACUGCGUCUUAAUGGGUAUGACGUCUCUUCAGAUCCCUUAACACAAAUAACCAAAGGAAAGCAUGAAUCUAGUUUCCUCUCUGGACAUCAAAAGGAAAUUGGUGAUGCCCUUGAGUUAUGCAGAGCUUCACAGAUCAUUAUAUUUCCAGAUGAGUCAGCUCUGGAGAAACAACACUCAUGGUCCAGUCAUUUCCUGAAACAGAAAUUAUACAAUUGUACAAUUCAUGCACAUAGACUUGAUAAGUUUGUUAGCCAAGAGAUUCUUCAUUUUCAGGUGGAUGACACACUUAAAUUUCCCUUCCAUGCAAAUUUAGAUCGUGCAGCAAACAGAAGAUACAUAGAACAUUACAAUGCAGAUAGUACAAGAAUUCUAAAAACUUCAUAUUGCUCUUCAAAUAUUAGAAAUGAAGAUUUCCUAACUCUGGCUGUGGAAGAUUUCAAUAUUUGCCAAUCCAUACACUGUGAAGAACUCAAAUAUCUUGAGAGUUGGGUUGUAGAGAACAGACUAGACAAGCUAAAGUUUGCCAGGCAAAAGACUGCGUACUGUUACUUCUCUGCUGCAGCCUCCCUUUUCUCUCCUGAACUAUCUGAUGCUCGCAUAUCAUGGGCAAAAAAUGGCAUUCUCACAACAGUGGUUGAUGACUUCUUUGAUGUUGGUGGUUCUAUAGAGGAAUUAGAGAACCUAAUUCAGUUGGUUGAAAAAUGGGAUGUCGAUGUUGCUGUUGAUUGUUGUUCUGAGCAUGUUCAGAUCAUAUUUUCUGCACUUCAAAGCACAAUAUCUGAGAUUGGAGCCAAGGCCUUCACAAUUCAGGGUCGCAGUGUGACAAGCCACAUAAUUGACAUUUGGUUGAGUUUGAUGAAUUCUAUGUUGAGAGAAGCUAAAUGGGUUAGUGACAAGUCGGUGCCAACAAGGGAUGCAUAUAUGACCAAUGGCUUCGUAUCGUUUGCCUUGGGACCAAUUGUCCUCCCAGCUCUUUAUUUAGUUGGGCCUGUACUCUCAGAGGAGGUUGUUUGUAGUUCUGAAUACCAAAAUCUAUACAAGGUUAUGAGCACUUUUGGGCGUCUUCUGAAUGAUAUCCACAGCUUUGAGAGGGAAUCCAAGGAAGGUAAAUUGAAUGUUGUAUCACUGUACAUGAUUGAUGGCCGUGGUGGGACUGUUACUGCAGAAGAAUCCAUUAAAGAGAUCAAGAGUAUCAUUGUCAGUCAAAGGAGAGAACUGCUGAGAUUAGUUUUGCAGGAAAAAGGAAGCCUAGUUCCACGAGCCUGCAAGGAUUUGUUUUGGAAGAUGCUCAAAGUGUUGAGUCUAUUUUAUAUGAAGGAUGACGGAUUCACUUCACAUGAGUUGAUCAAUGUUGUGAAAAAGAUCAUUUAUGAACCAAUUUCCCUAUGAUACAUCAUUAUCCAAUUUCCCCCAUUUUGUUUUUUUUGAAUUUAUUUAUAGGUUUCAACAAAUGCACUGUAAACUACAAUCGUUGGAUUAUAUUUCCAUAAAAUUAAUCGUUUUAAGUUGGUUCCAAGCCUUGACACCGUAUUAUAAUGGCGUUUGAAAAUGUAUUUUGUAGAUCCCUAUUUCUAUUGCAAACUUUGCCUUUUGCGUGAACAAUCCUUUUUAUGGAAUGUAGCAAUUAACG